CUUCAAUUAGGUUGCUCAGUUUCCGGCAGCUUCUCUCUCUCUCUCUCUCUCUCUCUCUCUCUCUCUCUAUAUAUAUAUAUAUAUAAAUAUAUGUAUAUAUGUAUAACCCAACAACAACAACCUUCUUAGACUCGUUCCAGAGCUCAGUCUCGAAACUCCAUGUCACCCCAGGCUUGCAGUUAUUCAGGUACGGUUCGUCCACUCCUUUCAAGAAUCAAACUUUUUGCGGUGCUAACAGGGCUCUCAGUUCACACUCAAACUCAGGUAGAGACCCACAAGAGAAUUCCAAUUUUGUACUUAGAAGGAAGUAUAAGAAAUGGGGUUUUGCUGCCGAAGCACCCGUUUCUCAAUUAAAUCCUAAUGCAAAGUCCUCUCGUAGCAGUUGGUUGGAUAAAUGGAAUUGUGUCCCCCAACAGAGCUGGCCCAGACCGCCUCGGGCUGUGUUGAAUUAUAGAAAUAGUGGCAAUGUUUCAAGUUUGGCUUCCACAAAAGUUAGUUCUAGUGGUGGUGUUAGUGGUGAUGGUGAGAGUGGUGGUAGUACAAUGGAGAGGAUUGUGGAGAAAUUGAAGAAAUUUGGGUAUAUAGAGGAUGGGAAUGAGAGGAGAGAGGAGGGAAAGAGAGUGAUUGAGAAAGGGUCUGUUGAGGACAUAUUUUAUGUAGAGGAAGGAAUGUUGCCGAAUGCACGAGGUGGGUUCUCAGAAGAUUCGCCAUUGGGGAUGGAAAAUGUGCUUGGGAGGCAAGGAGAAGUGAGGUUUCCGUGGGAGAAGCCAGUGGAUAAGGAAGAGGAAAAGCAAAAUUCCGUGAGGCAAAAGAGUAGGACUUCUUUGGCUGAAUUGACUCUUCCGGAAUCAGAGCUGAGGAGGCUGAGGAACAUGGCCAUGCGGAUAAAGAACAAGACAAGAAUUGGCGGUGCUGGUGUCACAAAAGAAAUGGUACAUGUGAUUCAUGAGAAGUGGAAGUCGUCUGAGGUUGUUAGAUUGAAAAUCGAGGGUGCCCCUGCCCUUGAUAUGAGGCGGAUGCAUGAGAUAUUGGAGAGAAAAACGGGUGGAUUGGUGAUUUGGAGAUCUGGCACUUCUGUUUCUUUAUACAGGGGUGUGGGUUAUGAGGCUCCUUCAACACGAGCAAACAAGAGGACAUCACUCAAUUCCUUGCCAGCAGCAGCUGAUAGAAGUAGAAACUCUUUAGAACCCAGUUCUGUCAAUGAUCUACAUCCACCUCAUGGAGAAUCAGGAAGUGCACUUGAGGAAACUGGAAAUUCAGAAUCAUCACAGGAGAUAAGGUACGAGGACGAAGUUGACAAGCUGUUAGAGAACUUAGGGCCCAGAUACACAGAUUGGCCAGGAGGUGAUCCAUUACCUGUAGAUGCCGAUUUACUUCCUGGUGUCGUUCCUGGGUACCAGCCUCCCUUCAGAAUUGUUCCUUAUGGGGUGAGAUCUACACUUUCAGUAAAAGAGGCAACAUCUUUAAGGAGACUUGCAAGAGUUCUCCCUCCACAUUUUGCUUUAGGUAGAAGUAGGCAGCACCAAGGUUUGGCUGUUGCCCUGAUCAAGUUAUGGGAAAGAAGUUCAAUUGCAAAGAUUGCACUUAAACGCGGUGUGCAGCUAACUACAAGCGAGAGAAUGGCCGAGGAUAUAAAGAAAUUGACAGGGGGUGUGCUUCUCUCUAGAAACAAGGAUUUCUUAGUGUUCUAUAGGGGGAAGAGUUUCUUGUCACCAGAGGUUGCUGAAGCAUUGCUAGAAAAAGAGAGAUUGGCAAAGGACUUGCAAGAUGAAGAGGAGCAAGCAAGGUUGAGAGCUUCAUCUUUGGUUAUACCACGUGUUGGAACAAAUGACGAAUCUGGUACUGCUGGUACGCUUGAGGAAACAUUGAAUGCAAAUGCUCAGUGGGGGAAACAGCUGGAUGACGGUGACAAGGCAAAGGUAAUGAGAGAAGUAGAGGUGUUAAGACAUGCCAACCUCAUAAGAAAGCUUGAGCGCAAGCUUGCUUUUGCUGAGAGAAAGCUCAUGAAAGCCGAACAGACCUUGUGUAAAGUGGAGUUGUCAUUGGCUCCAGCAGAGCGAACUGCAGAUCCAAAUAGCAUAACUGACGAGGAGAGGUUUAUGUUUCGCAAGCUUGGUUUGAGGAUGAAAGCUUUCUUGCUUCUUGGUAGGCGUGGAGUUUUCGGAGGUACAGUGGAGAACAUGCACUUGCAUUGGAAGUACAGAGAACUGGUUAAGAUCAUUGUAAAAGCCAAGAGCUUCGAGGAGGUAAAAAAUGUUGCGCUCUCUCUUGAAGCUGAGAGUGGAGGUGUUCUGGUAUCAGUCGACAAAGUGUCAAAAGGGUAUGCCAUCAUUGUGUUCCGGGGCAAGGACUAUCGGCGACCUCCAGCACUGAGGCCAAAGAAUCUCCUGACAAAGCGGAAGGCAUUAGCACGUUCAAUUGAGCUUCAAAGGAGUCAGGCUCUCCUGAAUCAUAUUUCGACUCUGCAAACCAGAGCGGAGAAGCUAAGAUCUGAAAUCGAACAAAUAGCGGCCGCAAAAGACUCUGGAGAUGAGGAGCUUUAUGACAAACUAGAUUCCGCUUAUCCCAUUGAAGAUGAAGACAGUGAGGAAGAAGAAGAUGAUGCAUACCGUGAGACUUCCGACACUGACAAUGACGGCGACGCUGAAUUCAAUAGCUCAAUUCAGAGUCACCACUGGGAAACAGAUUUUCCCUAUGAUUUCCAGGAUCAGGAGUCAGGAGAACCGAUCACAGUCCAAUGCGCCACUGAUGAGUCGAGCAAGGGAGUCGAUGAAAUGGAGGAAAUGAACACGGGACUCCCCGGUUUGAGUCAACAGAAAGAAGAAGAAGAAGAAGAAGAAGAAGAAGAAGUUUCGAGAUGGGAACACAAAGAAGUUUAGAGGAUCGUUGCAUGUCCAGUUUUGGUGAUUUGUUCAUAUUAAAUGGAACAUAACUUCUCCUAUGCAUGCCAAAAUUGACUAUAUAUUGGUUAGUUUUCUGGUUUCCUUAUGAAGGCUUCGGGAUCCACCUUAAAUACCAAUGUAAAUUGGCUCUAAAAUAAUGAGAGAUUACCAAAAAAAUCUUCAUGGUAUCAAUGCCACUUUUCUAA